GCCGCCUCAAGGCUGAAACAGAGGAGGCUCACAGUUUUCCAUUUUCUCCAAUAAUGGGCGAGAAAAACCAGAAGAACAACGAAGGAGAUAACAAGAAGAAAAACAAUGUCACCGUCGUUUUGAAAGUCGACCUGCACUGCGAAGGCUGCACAUCCAAAGUCGUCAAGCGCAUUCGCUCUUUUGAUGGCGUCGACACAGUAACGGCCGGCGAGGGCCAGAAGAUAACGGUGGUGGGGAGCGUUGAUCCGGCCAAGCUCCGGGAGAAGGUGGAGCAGAAAACCCGCAAGAAGGUCGAGCUCAUUUCGCCCCAGCCCAAAAAAGGGGACGGCAAAGAGGACGAAAAUGGGAAAAAGGAUCAGAAGAGUGAAUCCAAGGAGAAGAAAGGCUCAGACGACAAAUCUGAUCAGAAAAAGUCAAAGGAUAAAGAGGUAUUCAAGUUAAAUUUUUAG